GCAAAGUCGCGUCCUGUGACUUUGAAUUGGGGAGGUGCAGUUGCCUUUUCGAACAAGCAAAAUUACCUUUCGUGACACUUCGUGUCAGCUGUCACGAAAGCGCCCUGUGACAAAUAUAAGGUAUCAUCAAGAGGUUCUACCUCGACCCCUCUCACUAGUAGUAGGGCAGCGAACUAAUGGCCGCCUACCCAACUCAGCUCGACGGUCAGCUUGGAGCGGCGGACGGGUUGGGCCAUUCCCAGAAUCAUGUCCUCGAGUUGCAUGACGUUGCCGCCGAGACGCAACGGUCACGAGAGGCGGAAUCUUGCGCUCAAGAGGAGCGUAGAAUGCGAACUAUCGACAGGUCAUUGAACCUGCUCUUACCCUCCGCGGUUGCUGUCACAUUCAUAAACAAGUUCGCCACCACCCAGGCCGGCUCCCGUCUAUACCCCAGACACACAACCCUUGUAGCUGCGCCUUCAUUCACGUUUUUAGCGUUACAAGGAGUGAUGGACGCGUGUUUCUUCAUUCCCCCUUUCAUUGUCACUGCCGUCAUCUUCGGGAAAUGGGCUCUAGGUACGGGUGAGGGCAACAAUGUACAAGUGAGACGGCGAAGAUUGCAUAACUGGCCUCAGCAUGUACGGGCCCGCGUCUUGUCGUGGUUAGAUAUGUUAUUCAUUUUCUUUGGUCUAUCUCAGGCCGUUCAAUCCACAUGUUGGCUCUUUGGGCGGGAACCGCUCCUUGCAACUUCUAUCUUAGUUCCGGGACUUGUCUUGGUGGUUGCGAUUAACCUGUAUUUCAAAAUGCUGUUCAUGUUAUAAUUGUUAUCAUUAAUUUUUAAUUUGGCGAACAGAAUUUGCGAGG